CCCACCCCCCACCUCUCGGCCCACCCUAAGAUCCCAUGGCUCAGCAGAGUUCCGAAAUAACAGCGGACGGUGCAGCAAGGUCUUUGCGUAUGCCACGGCCAUGGUCAUGGCCCAUGCCUAUGCCCUCUCGCUCGGCGGGCGGCGGGCCCUCUCCGCACUACAAUGACAUAUAUUUCAAGGAUAGUACAAGGAGACGGCCGGCCAAUUAAACGGCCAAAAUGGAAUGCCUAAAAAAAUGUGGAGCCAAAACUUGCAUAAGUAGGGGUAGGAAGUCGACUCGAAACAGUAGUUGUUUUUAUUUUUCCUGUAAAAAGUUAGUUAAAAUUAUGCAUUGUGCUGAAGCGAACGAGCCAUGGAGACAACACUCACUCCAGCACGUCUCAGUAAAUCUCCUAUCGGAGAAACUGGAAUGAAUCCUGGACUAUAUUUAUUACCCUGCAUCAAUCUGCUAGUUCUCUCGUGCCACACCUUCUCUGUUUUCUUUAUCUCCCCGGUGGCUGUAAUCCCACUAGACUCAAUCAAAAUUCGAUUUUUUUUUAUAAACCUUUAUUGAGGGGGGGGGGGGGUCUAUGUCUUCCCUAUCGAGUGUUUUCUACCAUCCCAUCCUCACGUGGUGUACGAUAGGUUGCCUACCCCACGGGCGGCUAUCGGCUAACUCGGAGAGUCAAAAAAGAAAAGUUAGACUCUGAUGAAUUGUCUGGAGGUUGACUUGGGAUUUUUUUUUGAGGGGGGGGGGGCGUGUCUGACUAACACAUGUUUCGUGUCUCAACGGCGGAAGGGCGCGCCCGGGCGCGGAGUCAGCCGCAACGUUUAAUGUUGAUUUGAGCGGGCGCACUGUCAUGGCAACCAAAACCCGAGCAGUGUAAUGUUCGGAUCGGUGUCGUUUUGUUGAAGUUUGGCCGUUUGGCGGUUUGGCGAAAGCACCGGCACUUUUCCGCAAAAGCACUGCAAUGGCUGUCGUUGUGAAAGAUUUCACAUGGAGACAAACAGCGACACAUGUGGUAGUGACGGUUCCCUUGAGGGGAGUCCCUUCCAGCUCUGUUGACAUCCUAACUUACGACACUUACAUUAAGGCAAACUUUAAACCAUUUAUAUUUGAGGUAUUCCUAAGUCACUCAAUCAAUGAUUCAGCAAGUAAGUGUACAAUAACAGAUGGACUCUUAGAAUUCAAUCUUGAAAAAUCUGACUCGGGUGUCCAUUGGACGACUCUAAAUGGUGAUUUGAGUAAGGAAGAGAGGGCAAAAGCAAGAGCUGACGCACUGAUUAAACUACAAAAUCGAAGCCAAAAUGAGAGGGCUGCAAAACAGGAAAUGCUUCAAGCACUUCAUAGAAAAUCAGUGCAACAGCAAAUAGAACUGGAAACGUCCGAAAAAAAAGAAACUGAGGAAAUACGCAACACUGAGAGAAAAAAAGCCAUGUUAGAACUAGAAGAAUGGAAAACCCAUCAAGUUAAUCCAAAGGUUGCACCUUCAAAUUGUAGCACAGACAGCCAUUCAAUAAAUAUUUGGGAAAAAAGUAAUCAAAUUAGUUCUGAAGAUGGAAACCAGCAUGAGUUACAGUCAGAAAGUAAUAUACAUUUAACAGAAGAUGAUUUACGACCAGUUCCAAUUCCCCGAUCAUGUGGGACAAUAUCUGUCAAAUUCACCCCUAGAGCUUUUCCAACACCUCAAAGAGAAUCUCUUUUAGAGGAAGAACAACUGUGGCUUCAAAAGCAGGCUGCUGCACAGCGCUCAGUUGGUUUUGUGGCCAAGGAUCUGAGACCAGAAGAAUGUAAUCCUCAGUGGCUUAAAGAAAAGGGAGAUUCCUUUUUUAAAAUUGGGAAUUAUCUUGGGGCAAUAAGUGCAUAUAGUCAUGGUAUAAAAUUGAGUAAAGAGAUGUCUGCCCUGUAUGUAAAUCGUUCUGCAGCCCAUUACGCACUUGGAAAUUUGCAGAGAGUUAUUGAAGACUGUUCAAUGGCUUUGGACCUCAUGACACCAAAAGUCAGGCUAAAUGAGGAUUCAAGAGCAAAAUGUCAUGUUCGAAGAGGGGCAGCACUGUGUAAAUUAGGUAUGCUCAAAGCAGGACUAGCAGACCUUGAAGCUGCUUCGCUUAUUAAGCCAAAUGACGAAAAACUGCAAACUGAUAUUGAUGAUGUAAAAGCAAAACUUACAGUAUUAGAGAAAGGUGGAUGAUUAUACUCGAGUGUUUCUAGUAAGAAUGAGAAA